GUAGUAGGAGACUGGAGGGGGUGUGUGAAUGUGACUGAGUCUGAGGGGAGUGGGAAGGAGCAGUUGCAGCACUGCGUUAGGCCACCUUUCCCAUCAUCCUUUGCCAUAUAAAUCAGCAAAUCGAGCUCCUCUUAAUCCUUGUUAAUUACUUUUCUUUCUUUUCUCACACUAUUCAAGAUAGACCCAUAAUAACACUCUCUCUCCAACUGUCCCUCUUCCUCCUUUCCUUUCAAUUUAAUUUGGGUUUGGAAUUUGGAAUUGGAUACCCUUUUUUCGCUUCCUGGGUUGCUGUUUUCUCUCGUUUCUUGAUUUGUAUUCUGGGUAAUGGGGACUGAGGAACAUGACGCUGGUGGUGCUAGUGCUAAUGCUAGCCAAGGAACUGUCGUUCCCGUAUAUAAGGCUGAAAGCUCGGCUGGAAUAACUGAAGAAAUAACCCAUGUUCAUCAUUGGAAGAAAAGGAACCUAUUCUUAGAGAUACCCUCAAGAAGUUUGGUAGAGUCCUCUGAGGAUUCUGUUGCCAUAAAGAUGCUCCCGACACCUAGUCCAACCCCAAGGAGAGUAAAUUUUCUCUUGACACCCAGUCCAAAUGGUGGAAGAAUUAGUGAAUCUCCAGGUCCCUCCACAUCUAGAGGGAAAUCAUCCUUGAAAAGUCUCUUACCAAAGCUGAGCUUCAAGUACAAAAGUUCUAAUGCAGAUAUUGAGAAAGCUGUGAACCUUGCUUCAGAAACAUCUUCUGCUUUGCAACAAGAGAAGCCUUCAAUCACACGGACAUUGUCACUUACAAAGUUAUUCACUCCUAGAAUGAAAAGAACUUCGUCACUACCAGUAACACCUAUUGCACAUUCAAACCCAGAAUCUUUACAUGGUGCAAGUUAUGGUGGUUCUCUGAAUUCAAGUAGAAAAGGAACCCCACGAAAAAUUUCUCGGUCCCUUUCAGUUCCUGUAAACAACAAAGAAGGAGGCUUGAGGAGAAUGGAUUCAUUUUUUCGAGUAAUUCCCACAACUCCGCGGGUAAAGGAAGGAGAAAUAAUUUCAAGUGCAUGUGAAUCUUCCACCAUGGAUGCUGCUGAAAGUGACCCAAAUGGUGAAGACAUACCUGAAGAGGAGGCUGUUUGUAGGAUUUGCCUGGUUGAACUGUGUGAAGGAGGUGAAACACUGAAGAUGGAAUGCAGCUGCAAAGGAGAACUUGCUUUGGCCCACAAAGAAUGUGCUGUAAAAUGGUUUACCAUCAAGGGUAACAAAACCUGUGAUGUAUGUAGGCAAGAAGUUAAGAACCUACCUGUUACUCUUCUACGGAUCCAAAGUUGUCGAAUUCGCAAUGCUGGAGCAAGAGCCAUUCAAGAAGAUGUUAAUGGAUACAGGGUUUGGCAGGAAGUACCAGUGCUUGUUAUUGUCAGCAUGCUAGCAUACUUCUGCUUUCUUGAGCAACUUUUGGUCGGCAAAAUGGGGACUGGUGCAAUUGCUAUUUCUCUUCCAUUUUCUUGUGUCCUAGGUCUCCUUGCAUCCAUGACUGCUUCAACCAUGGUGAAAAGAAGAUUUGUCUGGUUUUAUGCAUCAAUACAAUUUGCGCUGGUGGUUUUCUUUGCUCAUAUAUUUUACUCCUUGGUUGAUGUGCAAGCAAUUCUAUCAAUUCUCCUGGCAACAUUUGCUGGAUUUGGCGUUGCAAUGAGUGGGAGCUCCAUCCUGGUCGAGAUCCUGAGAUAUAGAAGACGAUGGCAAGCUUGGUCAGAACAGCAACGGCAGCAGCAACAUGUUUCCCAACCCAUGACACCAUUCCAACCCCAUACAAGUUCCCAUGCAAACCGCCAAACCUUUGUUGAAAAUGCAGAAGCUCUUGGUGGAAAUUGAAUUAAAUUGCUCUCUUCUUGGCUUGUUUAGUACAGUAGUCAUUUAAGCAUCCAAUGGGAAACACAUACUGUAGUAUAUCUUUUUUAUGAUUAGGGCAAGUGGUUUGAGGGGAGGGGAGUAGGAGGGGAUCGAACCCUUGCCAUAGUGAAGAAGGCUUAUAUUAAACUGUUAGAUCACUAGGUCGGCAGGUCUUUUUCAUACUAUAGUAUAUCUUAGAUAGAGUUUUGUAUACACCUUAUUUUUUUUCCUUUAAAGAUCUGUACCAACACCAUAGACAAGAAUAUUCAUCAACAAAUAUUUGCUAUUGGUGAUUUAAAGAUAGGUUAAUUCCUCAAUUUAGUUUUUGAAUUAUUAUAUGGACGCUUAAUUUGAUUUUUGAAUUAAAAAAUUUUUUAAUUUGAUCUUUAAAUUAUUGUAUGGACAUUUAAUUUGAUUAUUACUAUUUAUCAAUUUAUCCAAGUUGGUCUUUUUAUACAAAAAUUGAUGUAUUUUAUUAUUAAUGUGACACAUGGUUGUUAAGUUAUUAUUUUUUACUUGUUAAGUUAUUAUUUUUUGUCAUUAAAUAAUGGAUAUAUUAGUUUUUUUUGUAUGAAAAGAUCAACUUGGAGUAAAUUAGUAAACAGCAAAAACCAAAUUGGUGUCCGUGCAAUAAUUCAAGGAACAAAUUAGGAAUUUUUUU